AUGGCGUCGGAAUCCGCCGAAGAAGACAAAUCAUGGGAACACAUCCUCCGCCGUAUGCUUCCCGCCGGCGCACCGUUACCCGACGAAGAUCACCUCGAUUACUCCAUCGCUGUUGAGUAUGAAGGUCCUCCUGUUCCUUAUGAUGUUCCUAGAGUCGAUCCGCUCGAAAUCGGCACCUCUACAACUUCGAUUCGCACAGCCUCUAUAUCCUCUGAUCGUUCCACUUCCUCGAUUCCCGUCGCCAUGCCGGUUUAUCCUCGUUUCUCGAGGUUUAGUAGAGUUCCAAACGGCGGUUUCAGCCGCGAAUUUCGAAGUCCGGUUGAGAGUCAAAGGUCGAGUUCUGUUUCGAGAACUCAAUCUCAGUUCGAUUCGCGUAGCGGUGAAGUUGAAGUCGAUCGGUUUGAUUUUUCCGGUGAAGUAGCCGCCGUGGACGACGGUAGUUCCGUUUCGUCGCCUACAGUUCCGAGUUCUGCUCCGAUUCCGUCUCCCGCCGUCGAAGUUAAACGACCUACUGUGGUAACCUUUAAUGAACCUAGGGAUUCUGAGUCCGACGGCGGAGAUAGUUAUCUCUCGCCGCGGUCUGUUGCAACUGAGCCAGUUGGAUCACCUGUUUCCGCGGCGGCACGGAAAAACGCUCAGGUGAAACGAGGUGUUUGUAGUAGGUGCGGGAAUAAAAAUAGGUUGAAAGAGAAAGAAGCGUGUUUGGUUUGUGAUGCAAGGUAUUGUAGUAACUGUGUUUUGAAAGCUAUGGGUUCAAUGCCUGAAGGAAGGAAAUGUGUGAGUUGUAUUGGACAACCAAUAGACGAGGGUAAGAGAUCGACUUUAGGGAAGUGUUCAAGAAUGUUGAGUAGAGUUUGUAGUCCUUUGGAGAUUAAUCAGAUUAUGAAAGCUGAAAAAGAGUGUGCUGCCAAUCAGCUUCGGCCGGAGCAGCUUAUUGUUAAUGGUAGGCAGUUGAGGCAGGAAGAGUUGGCUGAGAUUUUGGGUUGUCCGGUCCCUCCUCAGAAGUUGAAGCCUGGGAGGUACUGGUAUGAUAAGGAUUCUGGACUCUGGGGAAAGGAGGGAGAGAAGCCUGAUAAGAUAAUAAGUUCGAAGCUGAAUAUUGGAGGCAAGCUUCAACCAGAAGCAAGCAAUGGGAACACUAGAGUCUACAUGAAUGGCCGAGAAAUAACAAAGAUUGAGCUUAGAAUGUUGAAGCUUGCAAACGUUCAAUGUCCACGAGAUACCCAUUUCUGGGUUUAUGAUGAUGGAUCCUAUGAGGAAGAAGGCCAAAAUAAUAUCAAGGGGAACAUAUGGGGAAAGGCGUCCACUCGUUUCAUCUGUUCAUUAUUCUCUUUGCCUGUACCAUCUACUAAUCCUCUUGGAGUCAAAGAUAAUCCCACUAACUAUUCAACAAGGUCAGUGCCUGAGUAUUUGGAGCAGGGUAGAGUUCAGAAACUUUUGCUGUUUGGAAUGGAAGGAUCUGGAACAGCUACUCUCUUUAAACAGGCCAAGUUUUUAUAUGGGAACAAGUUUUCUGCUGAUGAGUUGCAAGACAUCAAACUCAUGAUUCAAAGCAGUAUGUACAAGUAUCUCAGCAUUCUGCUUGAAGGAAGAGAGCAGUUUGAAGAGGAAGCUCUGGAAGAGAAAGAGUCUACUUCAUUAGAAGGUGAAGGAUCUGGACCAGCAGAAACAGCAACUGAUGAAAACAAGCCAAGCAUUUACUCGAUCAAUCAAAGAUUCAAGCAUUUUUCUGAUUGGUUGCUGGAUAUUAUGGCUACGGGGGAUUUGGAGGCCUUCUUCCCUGCUGCUACACGUGAGUAUGCUCCUAUGGUGGAUGAGAUAUGGAAAGAUCCUGCUGUUCAGGAAACAUAUAAGAGAAGAGAGGAAUUGCAUAAUCUUCCCGAUGUUGCUAAAUAUUUCUUAGAUCGGGCAAUUGAAAUAUCAAGCAAUGAGUAUGAACCUUCCGAUAAGGAUAUAUUAUAUGCUGAAGGAGUUACACAAAGCAAUGGUCUUGCUUUCAUGGAAUUUUCAUUUGAUGAUAGGAGUCCUAUGUCUGAGAUAUACAGCGAGAACUUAAAUAACCCAGCUCCUCAAACCAAAUUUCAACUGAUUCGCAUUAAUUCGAAGGGAUUACGUGAUGGCUGCAAAUGGUUGGAAAUGUUUGAAGAUGUGAGGGUAGUCAUUUUUUGUGUUGCCUUGAGUGACUAUGACCACAUGUGGCCUACUAGUACCGGUAAGCUUCAGAACAAAUUGCUAGCGAGCCGAGAUCUUUUCGAGAGUCUGGUGAGGCAUCCCUGUUUUAAAGAUACCCCUUUUGUGCUUUUGCUAAAUAAGUAUGAUGCCUUUGAAGACAAGAUAAACAAAGCUCCUCUGUCAACUUGUGAGUGGUUUUCAGAUUUCUGUCCAGUAAGGCCUCAUCACAACAAUCAUGUUCUAGCACACCAAGCAUAUUACUAUAUAGCUGUAAGGUUCAAGGAGCUUUAUUAUUCCUUAACUGGCCAGAAGUUGUUUGUGGGGCAAACUCGAGGUCGGGAUCGUGUCUCAGUCGACGAGGCAUUCAAGUACGUUAGGGAGAUCAUCAAAUGGGAGGAUGAGAAGGAUGAAUUGUAUGAAAUCAAUCCAGAAGAGUCGUUUUACAGUACAGAGAUGAGUUCUGCUUUCAUCAGACAGGAAUGA